UCGAGAUUUCGAUACGACGAGCUGUCAGAUAUAGUGAUUCGAGUUAAGAUAUCAACAAUUUUUUCUUGCAUCGGAAAAACUUUAGGAAAAAAUACCCUAUAAAUUGUGAUUUCCCAUUUUGAAGUCGAAAAACACAGUUGUAAAUUCAUUACAGUUUUCUAAGCAGUGCAGCGCACCGUUUGGCACUGACUCGUUCCAAUCAUUCACCUCGGCUAGGAGUGGUUCAAAUUGAGGAUGAUGAUAAUCCCAUAAUUCUGUUUCAAUUGUUAAGCUGCUCGUUCCGGAUUGGAAGUUUAUUCUACCUUUAUUACCAGCCGUUGUUUCAUUACCUUUUUACUAUGGAGGAACAAAUAAGCCAAGAUUCAUGUGACGUUGAGAUGAACAACUCUAAGGGGGUCCUGCUGAAGAUAGCCAAUUUGUACGCGGAACAGCUGAUGUCCGAUGUUUGCCUGGUAGUCGGUGCCAACCGCUAUCCGGCCCAUCGGGUAAUUCUGUGUGCCAGCAGCGAUGUAUUCCAGGUGAUGCUGAUGAACCCGGAAUGGAACGAGUGUCGCGAGAGUGUGAUCGAGCUUAAGGAGGACCCGAUGUGUUCGAUGGUGUUUCCUCAGUUUUUAAAGUACCUGUACGUGGGACAAAUCAAGGUUUCCAUCCAAACGGUGAUGCCUAUGCUGGAGCUGGCCGACAAAUACAACAUCAAGGACCUGGUGGAGCUGUGCGUAGAUUAUAUGCUGAAACAUGUAGCCAAAGCAGCGACACAAGGCUAUCUGGUGCCCUGGUUUCAGUACACCAUUACGUUCGGUAGCAACCAUACGGAGUUGACUCAGGCGCUGCAGAACUUUCUUAAGUGGAACUUGGACAUUGUGUCGGAGUCAAAUGAUUUCAACGAGCUGUGCGGGAUGAUUCUGGUUCGAUUGUUGCAGCAGAACGAUUUGGUUAUACAGAGCGAAUUUACACUGUUUGAAUAUUUGGAAAAGUGGCUAAUUUACAAAAAGGAGCAGCUCGAUAAAGAGCAGGAGAUGACGGAGGAGGAGAAACUGUAUGAACUAGUCAGCACAAUCGAGGCCGUCUUUGUGCACGUUCGCUUCGCUAUGAUGUCGCCUUCGGAGCUGGCCAAGAUUUUGGUGCGGCCGAUUUUGCAGUACCAUAAGGAAUUUUUCGUAGAACGCGUUGCCAUCGGUAUGAGCUACCACUCGGGACAGGACGAUCGGAUCCGGGCGAUCCGCUCCCAGGAGAACGGUGCCCUGCAGUUUACACCACGUCUUUACACGAACUGGGGCUGCAGUAUGGUUAUCUGCGGCUUCGAGCAGAUUGAGAAUUACGAAAAUUUUGUAUACUUCUUCGACUCCCAGAAGGAUUUGUCCGAAUGCCACGAAGAGCAAAGUGUCGCCUGGGUUAUCGAGUUCUUUCCACGGGGCGUACGCUACCAUCGUGCCAAGCUUAUAGGGGUGCACAAUACGCUGAUCCAUUCGGAGAUACCUGAGUCGAUUAUCCGGACUGUGCGGUUGAAAGUUCUGUGCCAGGAGCGCCAUGAAGAGGAGCGGCGAUUUAUUAUUGGCGUCCUGAUCAGCGGGGUGCAGAACAAAAUCACCCACGUGCGGACGUGCCACGUCCGGACGGCGUACUUCUCGAACGAGUUCCGGGUGCUGCACAUCGACAACCUGAUCCCGUACGACGAGCUGCAGCUGAGCGCGGUCAACCUGAGCACGCAUCUGAUCGGCGAGAAGCGAGACACGAUCCGGCUGCACGUGGUGAUUGCGCCACUCGGAGAGUACGCCUGCAGUGAGGCCCCACCGUUCGAGUUUCGGAACUUAUAACCAACGGUGCAAUGUCGUCCUAGGUAGGUCCGUUUUGCGGCUGUCAAGAGGUUAGUCAAUACAUUUAAAUAUACUACGGAAGCGGGAAGAGCGGGAGCUGGAGAGCGCCAGGGUGCCAGAAGCCGGUCAGCCUGGGACAGACCGUCGAUUGUUGUUUUUCUUUUUUCUCUUUUUUUCUACCGGUUUGUGUAGAACUUCGAUUAGCGGCCAGGAGAGGGGUUUUCAGAUUGGAAACUUUUAUCUUCCCUAGGUCGUUUUUGUUUUAAAAGCGUAGAAAAUUUCAAUCGGCAGUAGAAACGAUAGAUUCUGUGACGCAUUGUGCCGAGUUGUAUAGCAGUUUUACAUGCAGAAUCAAGUGUACGAUAGAGUUAUGAUCCAUGUGCUAAUAUUUCACAACAAUAAGUACUAUCAGAUUA